AUGGCUAACGUGAUCGUACGAGAACUAGCUCGCUGUGACACCACAGUGACAGUCACCGGUCGUGGUGCUCCACCUCCAGCUGCGAACGUGGCCCCUGCGGCGGUGUAAUUGUCCCAGGGAGCAACUCGACAAGCUAAACCCACAGAAGGACGUCCUGUCUGCCGGCUCGAAGCGUCCCCACCGCCCUCCUCGGAGCGUCCGCGGCUCUCGUCCUUUAAUCGGCCAGGUCAGUCGGUUGUUAGCUAGCUAGUUAGCUAGCUAGCCAGGCUAGCUCAAACUAGCCUCCAUCACCAGGUUUUCGAGCCUCAUCCAGCCCCACUGUGGAUCUUUAGCCCCUCCGGCAGGACAGUGGCAGAGGCAGAGGCAGAGGCAUCGGGGACCAGACCAGCAGGCAGCGGGGCUCCAUGAGUGCGACGGGGCAGCAGCAGCAAGGGGGGGCCCUGCGUUCUCGCCGAAGCCUCGGCCGGGACAAGGACCCCGGGCCGGGUAUGGGCAUGGAGGCCGCCUGCUGGCUGGCCCCCGGAGUGCUGCGCAGGCUGAUCGAGCUGCCCUCACCCCCGCUGUCCCGACACCAGCUCAAGAGACUGGAGGAGCACAGGUACAGCAGCGCUGGACGCUCCUUGUUGGAGCCUCUGAUGCAGCGUUACUGGGAAUGGUUGGUGGGACGAGUCCCGUCCUGGAUCGCCCCCAACCUCAUCACCAUCAUCGGCCUGGCCACCAACGUCUUCACCACCCUCGUGCUCAUUUAUUAUUGUCCAACCGCCACUGAACAGGCUCCUCUCUGGGCGUACCUGCUCUGUGCCGUUGGUCUGUUCAUCUACCAGUCGUUGGACGCCAUCGACGGGAAGCAGGCCAGACGCACCAACAGCAGCUCUCCGCUGGGCGAGCUGUUCGACCACGGCUGUGACUCCCUCUCCACGGUGUUCGUGGUGUUGGGAACCAGUAUAGCAGUGCAGAUGGGCACCAACCCGGACUGGAUGUUCUUCUGCUGCUUCGCCGGGAUGUUUAUGUUCUACUGCGCUCACUGGCAAACAUACGUGUCGGGAACGCUGCGCUUCGGCAUCAUUGAUGUGACUGAGGUGCAAAUCUUCAUUAUAAUCAUGUAUUUGCUGGCCGCCGUGGGAGGAUCUGCUUUUUGGCAGUCACUGAUUCCGAUCCUUAAUAUCCAGGUGAAAAUGGUUCCAGCCAUCUGCACUUUCUUAGGAGCCAUCUUCUCCUGCACCAAUUACUUCAGAGUUAUUUUUACGGGAGGAGUCGGCAAAAACGGAUCCACAAUAGCAGGAACCAGCGUCCUCUCUCCAGUCUUACAUAUUGGUUCCGUUAUAAUUUUGGCGAUGAUGAUAUACAAGAAGUCGGCUGUCCAGCUCUUUGAGAAACAUCCGUGUCUUUAUAUCCUGGCGUUUGGCUUCGUCUCGGCCAAGAUCACCAAUAAAUUAGUUGUAGCACAUAUGACAAAAAGUGAGAUGCAUCUCCACGAUUUAGCCUUCCUUGGACCAGGACUCCUGUUCCUGGAUCAGUAUUUCAAUAGUUUUAUUGACGAGUACCUGGUGCUGUGGAUUGCGUUGAUCAUUUCCUUCUUUGACUUGGUACGUUACUGUGUCAGUGUUUGCAACCAGAUUGCCUGCCAUCUUCACAUUUUUGUUUUCAAAAUCAAGCCUUGUUCACUGCUCAGUUCAGCCGCUCACUGAGGACACGGCGCGCAACGACUGACUCUGUCCCUCCCCCCUUUUAGUCGCACUCAUAUUUCCUCCCCCCAAACGUAGAGAUGCAGAGGAUGACGUGUUGUUAGAAAAAAAAAAAAAAAAAUAUGUGCUUCUGCCAACUGAAUGUGAGGACAAAUAAUAUAUAUUGAGAUACCGGAGUAUUACUGUCAUUGUUUCUUUUUCACCAGUGCAGAAUUUGAAUUUGUACCAGUUUCAUCUUCUGCCCCAGUAAUAAGAAUUCUCCUUCUGAGAAACUCAUGAACAAAUAUUUCAGGAGAGUACAGGUGCUACUCGGUAUGUUCAACCAGAGAAACUUCAGUGUGUUUUAACUGUUUGUGUGCAAAGAAAAAUGUAUAGGAAACGAAUCAAACUCUUUGCUUUUUCAUGAUUAUAAUUUUUGUAAUAUUUGCAUAACUUUACCUUUUUUCUUUUUUUGCUAUUGUAAAUACCGAACUGUUACAGUGUCCGUGCUUUUAUUUUAAGUUUAAAAAAAAAAAAAAAAUCCUGCUUUGACACAUUUAUAAACCUUCAUGUAUAUGAUUUUUAAAACAAACGUUAUCUCCUGCACAUUAAAGGAAACUGUGCAACUGUUCAGCAAAAAAAAAAAAAAAAAUACUGGUUUUGGUGGAAACUCAAUGAAAAAACCUGCGAAAUAUUCACUGCCAAUGUUCUUCAUUUAAUUUGUCGACUGAAACCACUUACUCUUUUGGGCGUUUUUCAGCCCUGCGUAGGGAUUCUUUUGUGUUUUUACUGUCACGUCCAAUGUUAUUGGCUAAUAUAUUCAUUAUGAUAGUUUGGUUAAUGCUUCAUGGAGUUAUGCUUCCAUUACACUUAUAUUGUUUUUUAUUGUAAAUAGAUUAAGAUGAGAAAGACACGACAGUCCGGUCAGAUAUUUUCCAACAUCUACCAAAAAUAUCUAAACUCAGAGGUCCACUCACUAGCAGUCCGAGCUAUGCAGAUAUCCGGUACGAAGGCCUUUGAGUUCAGAUUUCUCCACAUUUUGCAGUUGAUAUGUUUAACGUUUAUUUUUUAAUCACCAGCCGUCAUUUAGCUUCCUGUUACUUCACAUCACUCCUCGUUUGCACCUUGUUUUAUUAUUCUAUAUGUUUCUUAUUGUCAAAAAAAUCCCAUGAAAAGACCUAAACCAACAAUGUGUCAGUCACUAAACACUUUCUGACUUCCUUGGUUACUAAUGAAGACGUAAAUCUUUAAAAACACCUCACAAAAAUAUAGUUAUUCAGGAAUUCCCUCAAGCAGCUUUUUUUUUAUCAAACGUGACUCAAACAGGAGGAAAUAGUGCAUUUGUUGGGGACUAUUUUCAGCAACGGAUUAAUCCACAUGUGGUGCUUUGAGUUUUUGUGGCAGCAGAACGGUGUGUGUGGGAUUAAGUCAAAUUAAACUAAAGUGUGUGUGUUUUUAAUAAUGAAGGAACAUGUCAUUCAGUGCAACAGUGACGCUAAUUGAUGUGUUUUGAAUGUUUUUUAAGACAAAAAUGGAGCUCUAUGGCUCAGAGGAAGAAGAUAUCAUUGUUGAUUUUGGUCUUUUCAUGGUAUUUGUUGACAAUAAGAAAAAAACUGAAGAUCACCAGACUUACGACUACCUACCACCAUAACUGUUAUUCAUGUGAACGUCACUCCUUCAUCUGUAACAUAAUCUGGUCGACGUUGUGUUUCCCCCAAAACAACACUCUGUACCUGGUGAACAGCUGAACGUUGGUCUCCAUGUGCAGGAGAUGAGGUCACACCAUGACAUCACAGUUUUUAAAGUGGUGACUGACGAGAAUCAGAUCAAUUUAUUAUAGUUUUUUUGUCAUUGACGGUUAAUAAAAACCUGUUUAAUUUGAAGUGGCUGCUGCUCACUCCGCCUCCAACAUCAUCUGAUACUGUUACCGAGUGAGUGUUUUAACGUUGCUGCUUCUGAAGACAGCUUGUAGUGAUGUAUUAAUGUGGAGAACAUGUCUGUCCUUAACAACAGAGACUCUUUCUUGCUUUUGCA